AUGUGCGAAGAGCACAAAAAUGAGUGCAUUGAAUUUGUUUGUAAAGAUUGCAAAAAGCUUAUUUGUCAGAAGUGCUGCAUAGUCUACCACAGGAAAUGUUCAUCUGUUGUCACAAUUGAGUCAGAGCUUACCGAGAUCAAGACAAAACUGAUGACAAAAAGGAAAUCGUUGCUUACAGACGAACAAACGAGGAAGGACCGAGUCAGAGAACAGAAACUAAGACUUACUGAGGUCAGUGAAUCAUCGUCAGAACUGGAGUCACUGAUUCGGUCGUCCUGUGACAUGGCCAGAGAAAAGAUUAAACAGAAGGAGAACACACUCAUAAACAAACUGAAAGAAGCUACUGAAAUUCACCUUGGACAGCUAAAAGCUGACAUCAAGGCGGGAGAAAUGGCAGCGCAGAUGUACCACCAGGGGGUCGAGCUGAUAGACAAGGGUCUGGAGACUGAAUGUCAGGUGGACAUCUACCGAAUGUGUCAAUGGUUUGAGGAGGAACGUCUAGAGGAGGCAGUUCUCAAUGAGGCUGUGGACAAAAUCAUUUUUGAACAGGAUACGGACAAGCUUGUCAACAUCCUAGAAACCCUACCACUGGGAGACAUUGAAGUUGUGUAUAAGGGUAAUGAGAUGCUUGGUGAUGGUGUGUUUGAUGUGAAGGGAACGCCUGUCUUACAUGAUACAUUACCAUCCCAUAAGGCCUUACUCGCACCCUUGGAUGUAAUGGUGAUGGUAGUCAACAAUAUACAUACGCUGGUGGUCUUAGAUUACGGGGAUAAAAAUCUGAAGUCCUUCUAUACUCGGAAAAAUAAAGCAUGUCAAAGUAACCUUCAUGUUGGAGGUCGGCCAUUCAAUAUAGCAAAAUUGUCACACAAUCAGGUGAUUGUAUCUGUUGUCGAUGAACGAAAACUUGUAACAGUUCGUGUCACUCCAGACCUUGCGCAUCUCUCAACGAUCAAAACAAGCAAAUAUUAUUAUGGUUUGACUGCUCUGACAUCGUCAACACUAGCUGCCGGGUCAAGAUCGCCUCCGUGUGUGGAUAUAAUUGGUAUGACGGGGAACGUUCUGAGUUCGUUAGUGCCGAUGGAAAAUGGGGUACCACUGGUCAACAUGCCGUGCUUCCUCUCUACGAUGAAGACAGGAAACAUCCUUGUGUCUGAUGAAGGAACCAGUCGUAUCCUGUGUUUGACACCAGAAGGAGAUGUCCUGUUCAACCUCACCCAUACAGGAAAUGAAAUGUUUCAACUCCCUCUUGGUAUCACAAGCACGAGCUCUGGUGACAUCCUGGUUGCCGAUCACAACAGUCACAGAAUAAUACAUAUAACUGAAUCGGGAGAUUUUGUGAGAAACAUACUAACAUCAAAGCAGGGUAUAAACUAUCCACGUGGAAUUUGUGUAGAUACACGUGGUCGACUCUACAUAUGUCAUCGCACUGAAGGCACGAUCAAGGUGUUCUCCAGUAAACCGUGA